AUGGAUGGGUUAUAUAGGGAGGAUAUCACUGAUGAUAGAUGGCAGAAAAUAGAUUAUGACAAUAUUCCUGAUUAUUGUUUCUAUUGUAAGCAUCAAGGUCAUUUAGAAAAUGAGUGUACCAUAAGACAAAGAGAUGAGGAUAGAAAGAAAAAGGAUAUGGAGGCUGUGAGGAAUAAGAAUAACAAAGAGAUGGAACAUAAUACACAAACUAAGGAUCAAAAAGAAGGUGAUCAGAAGGAAGGUACCAAUCAACAAUAUAACCAACAAAGAGAUCAGGAACAAAUUCAGCAUCAGCAAGAGGAGCAUUGGCAAACACAAAAAAAGAGGAACAAUAAUCAACCUUUGGCAACUCAAGGCAAUGAGUCAUCACCUAGUCUAGAGGUUUUGGACAAAUUCAAAGGCAACAUAAGUGAUAGCAGACUUCAUACAGCAGCAACAAAGUAG